GCAGACAUCUUGCAAGAUUUGAGUUGCGGCGCCAUGUAUUGGCAUGGCAGAGACCGCAAGUGCAGACCCUGCCUGGUCGUCCGCAUUGAGCGCUUCGCUGAUCUCAUCAAGGACAAGGAGAGGUGCGUUAGAAUGACGAUCUUCGUUCUAGAGUAUGCCAUUCGCUACGCCAUGGUUCCUGGCCGGGUCGAGAACUGGGUAGUUCUGGUGGAUUUCGAGAAUGCAUCGGACGUUGUCUCAUUCUUUCAGUUGCCAACCAUGUGUCUCACUGCAAAGGCUCUCUCCCAGACACUGGAGAGCGUGUACUGCUGUCGCAUGGUGUGGGUGAAGCUCCUGAAUCUGCCAACGAUCUUGCGCAGCAUAGUGCAGAGCGUCAUACCUGCUGAGAAGAAGAAGAAGGUUUGUGCCAUUGAGGACCCUUCCAAGGAGCUUCUGAAAUACUUUGAGCCCAACCAGCUAGAGGCAAGAUAUGGAGGCACACGGCCAGACCUGAAACCACACGAGACAUAUCCGUUUCAUUUUUUCCCUGACUGCACUGGCUCACCAACGGCAUCCGGUUCCCGCCGGAUUAUGACUUGCGAGAGUGAUCGCAGCACAGCCAGUACAGAGAGCGGGCAAAGCACUGCUGCAAGCAGUGAAGAAGUAGCCUGCUUGGCCAACCUUGAGCCUGCGACCUCGCUGCAUCAUCUUACAGGACGCAAGUUUCACGAGGGACAACUUUGGGAUACGAGCGUCCGGGACCGGUGGAGCGCAGACGCGACGAAGUCCAGCUUGACGCGGCAAGCCGCACAGGUGCUUUCCGCGAUGUUGGAGCAGGAAGUCCUGCCUUGCUGCACGAUGCAGCAGUGGAAGGAAUUAGCGGCUUGCGAAGGAACGAAGAAGCAGGAGGCCCCUGCAGUUCUUCUCGGCAGCCAGGCUAUCGCAAGGUCAAAAGAACCUGCUGAGACAGCCAUCCCGAAGGAGAGAAGGCAGCUUUCUCAGACGGACAUUAUCCGAGAGAGGCGGACGGAACUUAUUUCGCUGUAG